UUAAGCACUUUGGUCUAGGGUUAUAGAUGGUAUCAUAGGCAUUGAGAAUAAAUGGCAAAAGAUAGAUGAUUUCCCCUCAAAGAUAAUAAUAUUAUCAGUUCAAGCAUCAAAAAAAAUCUUACUUUCUUUAUUAAUUUUGUUUUUGUUAGUCUCCUAAUUUUAUAAAUUUAGGGUUUCCUAUAAUAUUCCACUUCUCUCUUGCCGUCUCUUCCCAAAUACUCAAUCCCCGUUUCUCUCCCUCAUCUCCCAAAUACUCAAUCCCGUUUCUCUCCCUCAUCUCUCUCUCUAGAGAUACAAAUCAAUCAAAGAAAUACACAAUAGCAAAAAGGGGUUAAUUAACAUAGAAGAAUGGUGAGGGGAAAGACGGAGAUGAAGAGGAUAGAGAACGCGACGAGCAGGCAAGUGACUUUCUCCAAGAGAAGAAAUGGACUUUUGAAGAAAGCCUUUGAAUUAUCAGUCCUUUGUGAUGCCGAAGUUGCCCUAGUUAUCUUCUCUCCUAGAGGAAAACUCUAUGAGUUUUCUAGCUCCUCCAGUAUAACAAAAACAGUAGAACGAUAUCAAAAACGAGUACAUGAUCUUGGCUCUAACCAUAAGAGAGAGGAUAAUUCACAGCAAGCAAAAGGCGAAACCUAUGGCUUAGCGAGAAAGAUCGAACAACUUGAGAUUUCAAAACGAAAAUUUCUGGGAGAAGGACUUGACGCAUCUUCUAUUGAGGAGUUACAACAAUUGGAAAACCAGUUGGAGCGAAGCUUAACCAAAAUAAGAGCCAAAAAGUACCAAUUACUGCGUGAAGAACUGGACAAGUUGAAAGAAAAGGAGAGGAACCUUACUGCAGAAAACAAAAUGCUGACGGAGAAGUAUGAGAUGGGAAGAGGAGGAAUAAUACCAAGAACAUCAUCAACAACAACAUCAGAAGACUUGGACACAGAGGAGAGUGAAAUGGAAGUGGUGACUGAUUUGUUGAUUGGACCUCCUCCGAUCCGACACUCCAAAAAGUUUCCUCCAAAUUAAUACAUGUUUAUACAUUCACCUCAAAAAAUAUAUGAUCACACUACUUUAAACAUGAUGUCUUCUCCUUUCUAGAAGAAAAAUGAGGUUAAUGUAAUAGUUUUUUUUUCUUCUUUUGUAUCCAAUAACAUCUUUGAAAAUCCAAACAACUUCUGAAUGUCUUCCUUUA